CCUACCUGCCCGGGCGCGGUGGCGGCCAUGAGGGCGGCGAGCGGGGAGCAGCUGGCGGUGGCGGCCGAGGAGGCGGGCGGCGAUAUCCGCGGCGAGGCGGCGGGAGGCGGGCAGCCCUGGAAGAAAUAUGUGUAUGUUGAGCCAUCUAGGAGAGUUAAAGAAAUCCUUGAGGAAGAGCUUUGUUUUCAGAAAGAAGCAUGCCAUGUGAAACAUCCAGCUGCAGUGGCUCUGGAAGGAAUUUGGAGUGUGAAAAAGAAUUUCUCCAUUGGAAGCCUGAAACCAGUGUCACAGAACAGAAACAGUUUACUUUUACAGCCUCAAUUCUACUCAAGGCAUGCAGGAAUGAAAAAGAGCUGAACUUCAGUGCUGUGAAGACCUGAGCCUGUUUUGAUGUGUCAAAUCAAACAUCAAAAAGACUAGCUGCCUUUGGAAAUGUAGAUCAGUAUUUCUAAGUUUUUGAAGAAAGGUCUGCUUGGAUAGGGAGCUAUUUCCUCUUGUUGUUUUAUUCAUAGCCUCGUACUGCUUCUUUAUCAGAUAUUGUAAUAGCCAAAUCUGAUCCAUAUUUCAGCUAGUGAUGAAGAUGUCACAAUCCAAAGGUUACAAAAUGUUCUUGCUGACAAAAAACGUGCUACUCUGAAACCUGACAUGUUCAUAGGUUUUUCUGUUCCAAAGUGGUUCUAAGUUCCAGCAGAAGAUUGUAAUGUAAUUGAAGAGAUGCCUUAAAAUGCCUUAGGCUGAGACCAUUCAUUACACUGAGCAUUUCAUAAGCCAAGAGUAUCUAGCUGAUAUCUAGCCUGAUUUAAUAAAAGUUUAUCAUAAAUAAGCCUGCAGUGUCUCUAUAUAAGAGUUAUUGCAGUGUCAAAGAACCACAGAGGCAGCAUGGAAUCUGAAAUAACCUAUCACUUAACUCUCACUCUUAACCAUUGUUACAGUGAGGUAAUACCAAAUGAUCAUUAGUUUGUUUUGUAUUAUCACACCACUUAGGAAACAAGUGUGGAUCCUUGUAGGUGCUGCAUAAAACCAGAACAAAAGAUAGCUUUGAAAGGUCAUGGAUGCUUGGAGGAGGUACCAGAGGAGGAGGAGGUACUCCUAUUUGCUGCCCCAACGUGCUGUCUGGGGAGGUUUGUGGAGGGGCUGAGAUCUGGGAAGGUGCGGAGAGCAUCCUGAGUCUUGUCUGGGCCUCAGACUUUUACUCCCUGCUGCUCUUCCACGUGGUCACCAACGAUACUGUCAUGGAGUGUAUCAAGCAUGACUUCGUUGUUGUAGGGCGAGUCAAAGACAUAGGUGUCCAGGUGGUUUUUCCUCAGUCCUACUGCUGAGGGGAUAGGGCUUGAGGAACAGAACGAUCCUGUAGAUCAACUACUCUCUGCACAGCUGGUGCUGAAAAUGGGAAGUUGGCUUUUAUGACUAUGGCAUGUUCCCUCUCUGAGGACUAAGAACUGCUAGGAAGAG